AUGCAAGAGGAAUUCGACGCGCUACAGUCCAAUGAGACGUGGACACUUGUACCUCGGCCACCCUACACCAACGUCAUCACCGGCAAGUGGCUUUUCAAGAACAAGCUCAACCCGGAUGGCUCGCUGGAACACCGCAAAGCACGGUGGGUUGUCCGUGGAUUCUCCCAGCGCGCCGGCAUCGACUUCAACCAGACCUUCUCCCCGGUGGUCAAGCCGGGCACCAUCCGCACGGUCCUGCACCUUGCUGCGACGUGCCGAUGGCCUGUGCACCAGCUCGACGUCAAAAACGCGUUCCUCCACGGCAAUCUGGCGGAACGGGCACCGCGCGCGUGGUUCCAGCGCCUCGGUGCCCAUCUCCACUCCAUCGGCUUCGCCACUGCAAGCUCCGACUCCUCGCUCUUCAUCUUCCAGAGGGGUUCGGAUGUUGCCUACAUCCUGGUCUACGUCGACGACAUCAUCCUCACAACGUCUUCGUCGGCAUUGCUGCAGCACAUCGUCGAGCAACUGCGCCGCGAGUUCGCCAUCAAGGACCUCGGUACCCUAAGGUUCUUCCUUGGCGUUCAGGUGCGACGCGACGCCCGUGGCUUCUUCCUGACGCAGGCACAGUACACGGAGGAGAUUCUGGAACAUGCGGGCAUGGCAAAUUGCAAGCCGGCCUCCACACCCGUCGACACCAAGUCCAAGCUGUCAGUUCAUGACGGCGCGCCGACGCAAGAUGGCACGUUCUACCGCAGCAUCACGGGUGCUCUCCAGUACUUGACGCUAACGCGCCCCGACAUUGCCUAUGCGGUUAACCAAGCCUGUCUGCAUAUGCAUUCGCCCACGGACACCCACUGGAAUCUUGUCAAGCGGAUUCUGUGCUAUCUCCGCGGCACAAUCGACCACGGCAUCAACAUCUCGGCAUCCUCCUCUACCGAGCUAAAGGCUUAUUCUGACGCGAACUGGGCUGGUUGCCUGAACACACGACGCUCCACCUCCGGCUACUGUGUGUUCCUGGGCAACUCGCUGGUUUCCUGGUCUUCCAAGAGGCAGAUAACUGUGUCAAGAUCAAGCGCUGAAGCGGAAUACAGAGCAGUUGCUAAUGCAACUGCAGAAUGCUGCUGGCUUCGUAAUCUGCUUCAGGAGCUCCAUGUCAAGGUGGACAAGGCCACAGUGAUCUACUGCGACAAUAUCUCUGCGGUCUACAUGUCCGAGAACCCGAUCCAUCAUCGUCGAACUAAGCACGUCGAGCUUGAUGUUCACUUCGUCCGAGAAAAGUUUCGUGGCUGA